GCGAAGGGACAGCCAAGAUGCCGUCCACCACCUUCUACAGGAGCUACUCCAAGACUUUCAAGAAGCCUCGUCGUCCGUUCGAGAAGGAGCGUCUCGACAGUGAGCUCAAGAUCGUCGGCGAGUAUGGUCUCCGCAACAAGCGUGAGCUCUGGCGCGUGCAGUUCGCGCUGAACAAGCUCCGCAACGCUGCCCGCGUGCUCCUCACCCUCGACGAGAAGGACCCCAAGAGGAUCUUCGAGGGCGAGGCCAUCAUGCGCCGCAUGUACCGCUACGGUCUCCUGGACGAGUCCCAGGACAAGCUCGAUUACGUGCUCGCGCUCACCCCCGAGAUUUUCCUCGAGCGCCGUCUCCAGACCAUCGUGUUCAAGCUCGGCCUCGCGAAGUCUGUUCACCACGCGCGCGUGCUGAUCAAGCAGCGCCACAUCCGCGUGGGCAAGCAGAUUGUGAACAUCCCCUCCUUCCUCGUGCGUGCUGACAGCCAGAAGCACAUCGACUAUUCGCUCAACUCUCCUCUCGGUGGCGGCCGCCCGGGUCGCGUCAAGCGCAAGAGGAUGGCGGCUGCCGGUGGGGGUGGUGGUGAUGGUGAGGAGGAGGACGAGUAA